AUGGGUCAGGCUCUCCUGCUUCCAGCUCUCACUGCUGUCCUGAUAGUGACCAUGAAGCCCCCAGGCUGCUGGGGGGCUCGGAUCAUCGGGGGCCACGAGGUGACACCCCACUCUCGGCCCUACAUGGCGUCGGUGCGCUUCCAGGCCCAGCAUCACUGCGGGGGCUUCCUGCUGCGCGCCCGCUGGGUCCUCUCGGCUGCCCACUGCUUCCAGGACAGAGACCCCCGCACAGCCCUCGUGGUGCUGGGGGCCCAUUCAGUGAGCGUCUCAGAACCCACCCAGCAGGUGUUUAGUGUCGCCAGGGUCAUCCGGCACCCCGAUUAUCAGGCUGCCACGCACGCCAAUGACAUCUGUCUACUGCAGCUCAACAGCUCGGCCACCCUGGGCCGGGCAGUGGGGCUCCUGGGAUUGCCCCGGAGAAGCAGCAGACCCCCGCAGCCCGGGACACAGUGCCACGUGGACGGCUGGGGCUACGUGACCGACUUCGAGGAGCCGCCGCCCGGGCUGAUGGAGGCCGGGGUCCGCGUGCUGCGCCCCGACGCCUGCAACCGCUCCUGGACCGGCCAGCUGAGAGCCUCUAUGCUGUGCGCCUCCAGCCCGGACCGCCGGCGGCGCGGCUUCUGCUCGGGAGAUUCCGGUGGGCCCCUCGUGUGCAGGAACCGUGCCCAAGGUAUCGUGUCCUUCUCCGGACUCUGGUGCGGCGAUCCCAAGAAGCCUGAUGUGUACACGCAGGUGUCGGCCUUUGUGACCUGGAUCUGGGAUGUGGUUCGGAGGGGCGCAUGA